AUGUUGGUUGCACACAGUUUUGAUUUAUGGCAAAAGGAUACUUUCUUUUCUGCAGCAGAGGAGGUCCAACAAUCUGCCGAUAUAAUGGAAUCUGCUUACAGAACAUGGCUCAGAGCAAGGAAAGAAGGGGAGGCAGCUCAAAAUUUAGAUGAACGUAGUAGAGAACUUCAAAUGGCUUUAGGCACUGCAAAAUGGCAGUUGGAAGAGUUUGAAAGGGCUGUUAGACUGAGCUACAGAAAUCAUGCUGAUGAUGUUACGAAGACCAGACACAGGCAAUUUGUUUCUGUUAUAGAAGAUCAAAUUUCCCGUGUCGAAGCAGCAUUAAAAGAAUCAUAUACUGUGGAUAGAAACCAACCUUUUAGCUGGAUAAACUUGGAUGAAGAAGAACGUGACGACUUAGCUUUGUUUCUUUCUGGAACUCCUGAUAACCCAAGUACGAAGCUUGCAGAACCGGCAACUAGUCCUUUUAAAGAGAAAAACCAUACAAGAAAAGACGUUGGAAUCGACUCUGAAGUUGGUUUCAAGGCACAAAUUCCAAUUAAGACAAAGGGUUUUGAAGAAAUUUUCACAAGUAAUGUGGAAGCCAACUGCUUCACAGAGCCAGAAGAGGAAGAAAUUCCCGAGGCAAGGGAUGAACCUAGUUCUCGAAGAGCACGGAAUUUGCCAGGAGUGAGUGCUUUGGAGAUUGUAAUUGAUAAUGACAACGAACAGAGGAAUGCAUUGGUUGAAGCAACACCCAAAGAGAAGGGUUCCAAACCUUAUUUUUGGAGAUCAAGGUGUGAAGACCAUCCUCAAGCAAAGGGAGGAGUGUUAACUUACACCCAUCUGAAGAUGAUCAACUGCAUAAAUCAGCUGUUCAAACGAACUCCGAGAAGUCAGAGGCAACAACAAAUUUCUCCAACGUUGCCUGUCAAUUCCAUUCGAUUCAUACUUGCUUUGAUGCUAACCAUUUUCUUAGUUGUACCUUUCCUUGAACCAGAGAAAAGGAUGUGGUUUCGUGUUGAUGAUGGAGAAAUCUUCUGA